ACUUGGGGCCGCAGGGAGGUGAGCACCCGCGACAGCCCAGGGGAGGGGGCUGGGUGUUGCUGCUAUUUGACAUCUCGUGGUAGAGGCCAGGGGUGCUGCUAAACAUCCCGCAGUGCACAGGACAGCCCCCACGACAAAAAAUCAUCCAGCGCAAAAUGUCAGUAGUGCUGUGCCAAGGUUGAGAAAUCCCGCCACAGCACCUGGCCCAUCAAGUAACAGACAUUUUACCUCGUUUUACUGCGGUGCACUUGAUCACGUUUCACCGAUGUUGCGUACCCUCCACCAGCAAAACGAUUAUGACUCACUUUAUGGCAGUGGUCUGUGAACCCAACCCACAAUAUCUGAGGCGUGUAGGCUGUGAGCACAGGGAGCUGCCCUGACCUGGAGCCAGCUGCCCAUCUCCCCACCUGUGUCCGCAUGCGUGUGUCCACCUCGCCACACGGCUGGAGCUUGACCACAGCGCAUCUGCACAGAGCGAGGAAAGGACUGGAACAUGCUCUAAAGACUCUGCAACAGCCCCAGGAAGCUGUGAGCUGAGCCCAGGCUCUGAAGCCGCCCUGCCCCCCUGCCUGCCAUGGCUUCUGCAGACAAGAAUGGCGAGAGGGUCUCCUCAGUAUCCAGCAGCCGCCUGCAGAGCCGGAAGCCGCCCAACCUGUCCAUCACCAUCCCACCGCUCGAGACCCCGGCCCCUGACGAGCAGACCAGCAUGCUGCCCCAGCGGCCCAGGAACCCGGCCUACCUGAAGAGCGUCAGCCUGCAGGAGCCACGGGGACGAUGGCAGGAGGGCGCGGACAAGCGCCCCGGCUUCCGCCGCCAGGCCUCCCUGUCUCAGAGCAUCCGCAAGGGCACCGCGCAGUGGUUCGGGGUCAGCGGCGACUGGGAGCUGGAGCGGCAGCACUGGCAGCGCCGGAGCCUGCACCACUGCAGCGUGCGCUACGGCCGCCUCAAGGCCUCGUGCCAGCGCGACCUGGAGCUCCCCAGCCAGGACGCGCCUUCCUUCCAGAGCACCGAGUCUCCAAAGCCCUGCAAGUUGCCCAAGAUCGUGGACCCGCUGGCCCGAGGCCGGGCGUUCCGCCACCCCGAUGAGGUGGACCGGCCCCAUGCCCCGCACCCACCGCUGACCCCGGGCGUUCUGUCCCUCACCUCCUUCACCAGCGUCCGCUCUGGCCACUCCCACCUGCCUCGCCGGAAGAGGAAGUCUGUGGCCCACAUGAGUUUUCAAGCCGCCUCUGCCCUCUUCAAGGGGCGCUCCGUGCUGGACGCUGCUGGCCAACGGUGCCAGGUGGUGAAACGCAGCUUCGUAUACCCCAGCUUCCUGGAGGAGGAUGUGGUCGAUGGGGCAGACACAUUUGACUCCUCGUUUUUUAGUAAGGAAGAAAUGAGCUCCAUGCCCGACGAUGUGUUUGAGUCUCCCCCACUCUCCGCCAGCUGCUUCCGGGGCAUUCCACGCUCGGCCUCGCCCGUCUCCCCGGACCGAGUGCAGGUCUCUCCGAAGGAGUAUGGCCGCACCCCUGUGCCUGUGGCCAAGCGCGGCAAGCGCAUUGCCUCCAAGGUGAAGCACUUUGCCUUUGACCGGCAGAAGCGACACUACGGCCUGGGCGUGGUGGGCAACUGGCUGAACCGCAGCUACCGCCGCAGCAUCAGCAGCACGGUGCAGCGGCAGCUGGAGAGCUUCGACAGCCACCGGCCUUACUUCACCUAUUGGCUGACUUUCGUCCACAUCAUCAUCACGCUGCUAGUGAUCUGCACGUACGGCAUCGCCCCCGUGGGCUUCGCCCAGCACGUCACCACCCAGCUGGUGCUCAGGAACAAAGGCGUGUACGAGAGCGUGAAGUACCUCCAGCAGGAGAACUUCUGGAUUGGCCCCAGCUCGAUUGACCUGAUCCACCUGGGAGCCAAGUUCUCGCCCUGCCUCCGGAAGGACCAGCAGAUUGAGCAGCUGGUGUUGCGGGAGAGAGACCUCGAGCGGGACUCGGGCUGCUGCGUCCAGAAUGACCACUCGGGCUGCAUCCAGACCCAGCGGAAGGACUGCUCGGAGACUUUGGCUACGUUUGUCAAGUGGCAGGAUGACACGGGGCCCUCCUUGGACAAACUUGAUCUGGAUCAGAAGCGGACGUCUAGGGCUGUGUGCCACCAGGACCCCAGAACCUGCGAGGAGCCGGCCUCCAGCGGUGCCCAUAUCUGGCCCGAUGACAUUACCAAGUGGCCAAUCUGCACGGAGCAGGCCAAGAGCAACCGCACGGGCUUCCUGCACAUGGACUGCCAGAUCAAGGGCCGUCCCUGCUGUAUCGGCACCAAGGGCAGCUGUGAGAUCACCACUCGGGAGUACUGUGAAUUCAUGCACGGCUAUUUCCACGAAGAGGCGACCCUCUGCUCUCAGGUUCACUGCUUGGACGAGGUGUGCGGGCUGCUGCCCUUUCUCAACCCUGAGGUCCCAGAUCAGUUCUACAGGCUCUGGCUGUCUCUGUUCCUCCACGCUGGCCUGGUGCACUGCUUCGUGUCGGUGGUCUUCCAAAUGACCAUCCUGCGGGACCUGGAGAAGCUGGCCGGCUGGCACCGCAUCUCCAUCAUCUUCAUCCUCAGCGGCAUCACCGGCAAUCUCGCCAGUGCCAUCUUCCUCCCGUACCGGGCAGAGGUGGGCCCGGCGGGGUCCCAGUUCGGCCUGCUCGCCUGUCUCUUCGUGGAGCUCUUCCAGAGCUGGCCGCUGCUGGAGCGGCCCUGGAAGGCCUUCCUGAACCUGUCGGCCAUCGUGCUCUUCCUGUUCGCGUGCGGCCUGCUGCCCUGGAUCGACAACAUCGCCCACAUCUUCGGCUUCCUCAGCGGGCUGCUGCUGGCCUUCGCCUUCCUGCCCUACAUCACCUUCGGCACCAGCGACCAGUACCGCAAGCGCGCCCUGAUCCUCGUGUCGCUGCUGGUGUUCGCCGGCCUCUUCGCCUCGCUGGUCAUCUGGCUCUACGUCUACCCCAUCCACUGGCCCUGGAUCGAGUACCUCACCUGCUUCCCCUUCACCAGCCGCUUCUGCGAGAAGUACGAGCUGGACCAGGUGCUGCACUGACCAGCUGCCCGGCGAGGCUGCCACCCACAGCGCCACCGAGGGCAGGGACCGGGCCUGGGGUGGCCCCUGCCUGCAGAGCGCCCACCCGCACGCCAGAGACCCACCGACAGGCCCAGGCUCCGGUCCCUGGUGCAGAGCCGGUCAUAAAGGCGGGUUCCUGGGGGACUGAGGUCCCCCUCCUCCUGUGUUCCUGGCCCUGGCUGGGGAGCACUCUGAGCACCUGCUUCUCUGCAGCUCAGGGUAUAGGCCCCGACUUACCCUGCUGUCGGGACCACCACCUGGGAGCGGCUGUCUCUCUUCCCAAGGUCCUCAGGCUGCUGCAUCUCCCUCCCCCACCACUACUGUGAUUGUGUCCUCACUGGGACAUGGCCAGGUCCCACCAGUCCCACCCCUGCCUCACCACGGCCCCUCCCGGUUCCCCUCCCCUCUCUGCCCUACCAGCCCGUUCAUCAGAGGCCUGCCGAGUCUGCCCAGAGGACCAGACGUAGUGGGAGAGGCUCUGGCCAUGGACGGGCCGAGAAGCAGCUUGGAGACAGACUGGGAAGCCAAGCAGAGGCCGCCCUCCACUCCCCCGCCUGCCCAGUGUUCUGCCUCGGGGGGUGGCUUUGACAGCAGCUGGCUCCACCACCCGGCACCCUGAGGACCUGCUCCCCGGGGCUGCCCCCCAAGGCUGUCAGGCCCGUUUUUUACUGGUUUAUAUUACGGUCCUAAUUUUUAAAAGUAACGCUAACUUUGUGUGGAUGAUGUCUCAAAUGUAUUAAAUGAUAUUCUUCAGGGAAUACCAUCUUUUGACCCGAGGCCUCAGGAGGAACGAAAACUGGAACCUUAUUUUGGGGGUGGGAGGUCAGCCGGGCGGACUCGGGGGCAGGGCCUUGGCAGAGAAGGACAGUGGAACUUUUGUGGGACCUCCGGGGAUUUGGUUGGAACAGAAACCAGGUUGGGGUCCCUUGCGGGGUUGGUGUUCAAUUCCUAGACCUCUGGCAUCCCUCAGUCCCACCUGCUUGUAGGGCAAUGAGGGGGGUGCCUGGACCACUCCAUCCACUGUACCUGUG